AAUACUGUUGGCUACCUGAGGAGCUGUGAGUUUCCCCAGGGAGCUGACCAGCUUCCAAAUUUUCACCAUGAUGCCUUUUAACAUGGGUGUCACAUUAACCGUAAAGGUACCAGGGUUCCACACUGCUCACAGCACGCCCCUCCCUCAUUCUCAAUGCGAGGGGAUGGUCAUUAGCAGCAAUGCAGCGGGCACCAAAUACCAGAGGGGGACACUAAAUACUUGAAGCACCUCGUCAGGUGUGGAAUGAGUAGAACAAUGUGCCAUGGAUGGGUGUUAGUUUUACCUGGUUUUGGGCCAGGCCAUUGGCACACACUGAAGUCUACAGAGUGCAUCAGUUAGGGCUUCAGAUUGCUUGCCUUUGUGUAGCUCAGUUCUGCUUGGGAAAGAGCCUUGGAUACCAAUGUGUGUCCUUGUAUGCAGCUUAUAGUUAAAACCUUCUGGCCAUGACUGUCCCAUGGAGCAGAGUUCCUCCCUGAUGUCAACAGUGGACAUUAGCCUUCUGUGCAGUGAAAGGGGCAACUUGCAUUGUGCCAGCAGAUAUAUUAUAAAGGAUAUCUCAGUCUGUUUAAUUAUAUUGUUCAGAGGGGUUUUUAUUCCUUAACUUUCCAAGACAGCUGUGGUUCCAGUCAUGGUCGACCACCAAGGAGCCACUACGCUUCACCCCUGGCCCUCCUUGGAAUACAUCAGAUGACCUGUGUGCACAAGGCAGGGAGAGCGGGCCAAGGGCAAGUUGAAAGUGGCCAUAUGAUAUCUUCUGUUGCAAAGUACAGGAUAGGACAGCUGUACACCAUCAGCAAGCACAGCCACGAGCAGAGCGACAAGGGCGAGGGGGUGGAAGUGGUUAAGAAUGAACCCCACGAAGAUCCCGUGCAUGGGAAAGGCCAGUUCACCGAGAAGAGGGUCCAUUUGUCCAGCAAACUCCCUAGCUGGGCUAGGGCCGUGGUACCGCGAAUAUUUUAUAUAACAGAAAAGGCCUGGAAUUACUAUCCUUAUACAAUCACAGAAUACACAUGCUCCUUUUUGCCUAAAUUCUCCAUUUACAUUGAGACAAAAUAUGAAGACAACAAUGGAUGCAACGAUAACAUUUUUGACUCUGACAAAAACCACAUGGAUCACGAGGUGUGUUUUCUCGACAUUGCCUACGAUGAAAUCCCAGACCGUUACUACAAGAGUUCAGAGGACCUUAGGUAUUUUGCUUCAGUGAAGACAGGCCGGGGUCCUCUGAAGGAGGGUUGGAGGGACGAGCCCUCGCCUGUAAUGUGCUCGUAUAAACUCGUGACUGUCAAAUUUGAAGUCUGGGGCCUUCAAACAAGAGUGGAGCAGUUCGUGCAGAAGGUCAUCAGGGACAUUCUAUUAAUAGGGCAUCGGCAAGCGUUUGCCUGGGUGGAUGAGUGGUGUGAUAUGACGAUGGACGAAGUUCGAGAAUAUGAAAAACAAACUCAGGAAGCUACGAAUGAGAAGAUUGGAAUCAUGGCCCCCACCAUCUCCAUCAGCGAGGCUGCCCAGCCUCCGGCCACACGCAGCGCUCCUGCCAGUGCGCCCUCCACACCGCUGAGCGGCGACCCACCAGACUUCCUCAGUGUUCCAAAGGACAGACCGCGGAAGAAGUCUGCCCCGGAAAUGCUGACCUUGCCAGAGCUUCGAGAGCGCUCGGCAAACAAGUAAAGCCGGCUCCGUUGUGGGAGGCAGCACUUUUUGUGACAUUUUGGUUGUUGAAUUUAUCUAAUGCUACUUAACUGAAAAAAAGCCAUCUGUUAAGGGAUUCUUUAAAGCUUUAGCCUGUAAAGAUUCUGUGCAAUGAUCUUUACAACAGCAAGCUUGCAUUAAUACUGACUGGCCAUAAGAUUAGCAUUCUUAAUUUGUGAUGGGGAUUGGGAUGAGGCUGUGUUUAAUGCUAUUGCUGUAUUUUACUACACUUUCUUUAUCAUUCCUUAUUAGGACUUUUAGGCUGACUCAGGACUUAGUGUUAGCAUGACUGAUAGUAUGCACUGUCAUAUUAAAGCACUUCUGUGACAUAUUUACAAAGGUUUUAAUCUAAAUGUCAUUGCUAAAAAGAGGGAAGAUGGGUGGAGUGAACCAAAGUCAAACAGAUUCAAUUGGCUUGCAAGCGUAACGUAGAAUAGAUAAGGACUAGUUUAAAUGGGGUUGGUAUCAUCCCAUGACUCCAGUUCAGCGUGCAGCGAUAAUUUUUUUUUCUAAAUUAGGCAUUGAAUAUUUUCAGAGUACUUACAGUGAAGCAGCUACAUUGCUGAAGUUUCCAGCAAGUUUCCGCUUUUAUGACGUACAGUCUCUCCCUCAACACGUCUUUACAAAAAGCCUGCAUAAUGUCCCAACAGUUGAGGGGGUUUCUCUAACAACGUAUCUUUCCUUUCUCCUACCUCCAAACCCUAUAUAUCCCUCCUCUCCCACAUUAUUCCUCCUUGCAAACUACAGUUGCGUUCAAAUAAAGACUCGUUCCGUCGUUUCUUCCUGGACUUCCAGAACUCCCUCUGUGUACUCUCAGCAUCUAAUUCAGGCAUCCACCAACUAAAACCAAAUUCCUCACCAUGUCACGCACCAUCAGGGUUCUUCUGUUGAGGAGUGCAUAGUUUACAGGAUGACCUCCAGCAGCUCACCACGACAACUUCAACAGUGCCUUCAGAACCCUGUGACCUCUACCAGCUGGGAGGACAAGGGCUACUGGCACAUGAGAAGAUCACCACCUCCAAUUUACCCUCCAAGUCACAUGCCAUCCAGGUUUGGACAUGUAUCAUUCCUUCAUUGUUACUGCGUCUAAACCCUGAAGCUCUCUCCCAACCAAUUCUCUGGGCCUUCAGAAUGCAGCGGUUCCAGAAGACUGCUCAUACCACCUUCUCAAGAUUUUUUUUCUUUAUCUAUAUGGCCUUAAUUUAUCUGGUCAUUUUGUCUUUUCACAACAUGGUUGUUUCACCUCAGAUUCUUAAGCAGAGGCAAUUUCAAUACUUCCCAUUCUACGAGGGCAGUUGGUCACUGCUUCCAAUCACGACUUCUGCUUGCUAUGUUGAAAAUUCUCAAAUUUGAACUUCUUAAAAAAAUAUUUUCAACCUUGUUUAUUAUACCAUCAGGUUUGAUAAACUAUCAUCAAAACCGUUUUGAAGCAACAGGAAACUGCAUUUUUAUCACAUUCUUUAUGACCUGAUGAUGUCCCCAAAGAUCUUUAUUUCUGUAGCCUCACAUGAAUUAAUGAUGCCACUGUACAAUCUGGCAUAUUGAUCACCUCAGGAUUGACUAUUAACACACAACUUUAACAAAUUAACAAAGGAUGCGUUUGUGUAGAAAUAAGUUGCAGAACUAACAGCCAGAGUUGUGGACCAUUGCUCCAGAGGCAUGAGUUUAAAUCCUACUGUGACAGCUGGGAAACUUAAAUUUAAGUAAUUAAAUAAAUCUGCAAUGAAAGCUGAUCUAAGUAAUAGUAACCGUGAAAUACUGGCUUGUUGUAAAAAACCCAUUUGAUUCACUGUCAGGCAAGGAAACUAGGCAUCCUUAACAUGUCUGUCCAAUAUGUGACUCCAGACCCACCAGUGUCGAUGACUCUUAACUACAUCGUCACUUCAGGAGCAAUUAGGGAUGGACAAUAAAUGCUGGCAUUUCCAGUAACACUGACAUCCAUGAAUGAAUGGAGAAGAGUUGGUGGUAAUCCUAACUGAAUUGAGACCAUUGCUUUGUAGCUCGUCAGUAUGAAGUAUGGACUAGAUUUGUAUUAUACUUGGGUUUCCCACUUUGACCAAAAUUGGAUAGUUUUUUUCCUGUCCCUUCCAACCCUGGGAAUCAGACUAGAGCAUUCUACUAUGUGAAGGUCAAUUUACUAAUUCUGAUUUGGAUUUCACACACUUAUUUAAGAGAUUAAGGGUAGAGGUUUGGAGAAAUAAAGAAAGAAGGAUCCUUAGAUCCAAGAAGUCUGUCAGUUGUCCUUCAAGCUGUUCCAGCCACCAAUCUUUUUCAUUUCUUUGCUGAAUGAAUUGAAAUCCCUGCUGCAUAUCCCUGCUGAAAGUUGGCAGUAAAGAUGACUAAGACGGGAGAAUAUAAGUUCAGUUACGCUGACCUAUUGGCAGUCCAUUUUUAAAACAUAAGAAAUAGAAGCAGGGUUAAGCCAUUCAUCACCUGGUGCCUGCUCCUCUGUUCAGUAAGAUCGUGGCUGAUCUUUCAACAUUUUCCUCCACUCCCUUAAUAUCUAAAAAUCUAUCGACCGCUGCCAUAAAUAUGCUCAAUGUCUCAGCCUCCAUAGCCCUCUUGGAUAGAGAACAAAUAUUUACUAUCCUCUGGCUGAAGCAACUUCUUCUCAUCUCUGUCCUGAAUAGUUAACAGCUUAAUUGGAGACUGUGAGCCUUGACUAUGGACACCCCAGCCAAGAAAAACUUCAAACCCCCAACUACCCUGUCAAAUCCUGUAAGAAUUUGGUGUCAUUCUCCCUUACAUUUUAGAAGUUAAGAAUUCCCCUCCCCCCAAAAAUUGAAGUAGAUCAAGCAUUGGUUGUUCUGAGUCCUUGGAUUGUGCUCGUUCUCAUUUAACAGAUGUGAUGUCAGAGCAGUGCAAGUGUGCUAGACACUGGUGCUUCAAGCACGUCCUCAGGAUCUUCCAGUCACGUGACAUCCCUUUCAAUGCAGCUCUUGAGUCAUAGUUCGGAUAUCAGUUGUGGGCAUCAGCAGAUAGGGAUGGUGACUAUGGUUUACUCCGCCCUCCCUGACGUUACUGGACUCUUCAUCAUGCCUUUCUGGUUCAAAGGCCUUCAGUCAUGGGAAGGCCUAUAACUGUAUCAGCGUGACGACUUACACUGUCUCCAAUAAACCACUCAGAUUUCACACUUAGGUGCCCAGGAAAUUCUCCUGCCUCAUCAUCAUCAAGGAACUUGACUGAAGUUACCAUUAGUUGUACUGUAGCCUUCGUUUGUGUGGCUUUCUUUGCUAAUGUGAGAAGCAAUUAAUUUGAAUUUCCCCACACAGUUGAUUCCCAACUUCAGUGUGGGGAAGCAGCCAAAUGGUGACUGAAGACCUCUGAUGUAUGAGAAGGGUGACCCACAAUUUGGGGCAUUCCUACAAACCACGAGGCAGCAUUGUUAAAACUUGGAGCAGGACAUUAUACUGCCAUCUGGAGAGUAACCCAAGGGAAUAAAAAUAAUCAUUUGUUUCUUAAAAGAAACUUUAUAAUUCUGGCUUGACUGCCACGUUUCAUUAAAUAAAUAAAAGCAAAUCAAGAAUGUUGCUUCUGGCAAUGGUAUGGAAAAGGCAGUCAAACGAAAGGAUCACGUGGCCAUAAUGUUAUGGGCCACCAGCACUAAGUUAUUGUCAGCAGCCAAAAGCUAUAGUGGAACUCCAGCUAUUAAUUUACCUGGGUCGAUACGACUUGAAGGAAAUGCCAUGGCAACCAGGAAAUUUUUUUUUUGUUCUGUUCUUUAUUUCCAUGUUCUUGUGACUGCUGUUUAAUUGGAGUGACUCAUUUUGAAAUGCAGCUGUGCUAUUUCUACACGAGACAGAUUGUACAAAUAACGGCACUAUGUACACUUGCUACCUUCUGCACAGAGGCUGCAUAACCCAUUGAAAUCACCAUGCAAGGCUGAGUUAACAAUGUGUAUAUAAGGAAAUAUAAUGCAACCAGUUGUGAAUGGCCUUCAUAUGAGUGUCAAUUGCAGUAGCUGUAAAUAGUACAGAAGAUGUAUAAUUUUAGUUUAAUGCAUUGAUAACACAGGAAGUAAAGAGAAUGUCUUAGCUUUAUACGUAGUAAUUGUUGUCCAUGGUGGUAUAUGAAUAUAUUGCUACAUAUUAAUGGUUCUGGGAUUUGAACUCUAGGGAUUAAGUUAUAGUUAGGCUUCAUGAGUGUACUGAAGAGUAAGGGUUUGCUUAUAUUCAUUAAGACCAUUGUGUAGUUACAUUUUUGAAUAAUAAAAGAUGUAU